CUUCAUCAACAAACAUGGCGUUCGAGGCAGCAAGACGAAAUUUAUGUUGGUAAGCUUGCGCAAGCGGAUAAUAAACACCUGCUGUCGCGGAUCGCAGUGCCAUCUAUAACGACGUAACGGUCUUACCGGCGGUUUCAAGCGCGUGUCUGAAUUUAGGUUGCCGGCUAAACAACUUGUUGCUCGUUUCCUUAGCUACGACGUCGCGUCGUUGCAGUCUCAAGGCGAGGACCUGGUACGCUGCCGAGGAAAAGGGCGACAUGUCGGAACGAACGUUAAUAAUCGACACCGAUGUGGGCGUGGAUGAUGCUCUGGCCAUCAUUUUGGCCCUCGCCAACCCCGCCAAGUGCAAAGUCCUGGCAAUCACUUGUGUGGCUGGCAACGUGGAACUCUCCAGGGUGUACACCAACGUCCUUCGGAUUCUGAACCACUGCAAACAGCUACAGAUACCAGUCUACCAUGGUUGCAAUCGGCCGCUGGUUCAGAAAGCCAUGCACUGCACCAUGUACCAUGGACAAGAUGGCCUUGGUGGUGCCUCAGAAAAGUUCCCACUUCCCACUGAUGACCUGGAGCCUCCCGAGGAACACGCUUCGGUCGCCAUGGUUCACAUGGUGCAAAAGCACCCAGGUGCCUUGACACUUGUGGCCUUGGGUCCCCUCACCAACGUGGCUCUCGCACAGCGACUUGACUCCACAUUCCUCAGCAACCUUAAAGAGCUGGUCAUCAUGGGCGGAACAUAUGAAGGUAGAGGAAAUGAGACGCCCACCGGAGAGUACAACUUCACCUGUGACCCUGAAGCUGCUAGCGUUGUUCUCACUGAGGCUGAAUGCAAGACAAGGAUUGUGACUUACGAACCUUGCCAGGAGCAUAUAUUGGACUGGGACUGGUUCGAAAGCUGGGUCGGCAGUCCAUCGCCCACAGCACAGCUGGUGCGCGCCGUGACCGAGGAUCCAGCUCAGCGGCAACGAGAGGUGCUCCAGCGGCAAGGGUUCAUGUCAUGUGACCUCAUCGCUAUGGCGUCGGUGAUCGAACCUUCACUCGUCACUCGCUGCGAACGCCACCCCGCAUGGGUGGAGCUUCACGGCGCCACGACACGUGGAAUGCUUGUUGUUGACCGAAGGCCAAGCAUUAAAUGGCACCAUGGAAAGCCCCCUCAUGUGGAAUUCCUGCUCCGUUUCAACAUGGAAGGCCUCAAGAAAUUGUACUCACGAAUGCUUAACUGAGAACGCACUGCCGCUCCACCACUGCACAACAAGGCCUACCAAAAUGAACUUACAAGGUUACAUGCAACCAACUCGAUGUAUACUCUGAACGGAUCACUCCGCAAGUGUUUAAGCCACCAUCAGCUGCGGCGACAUGCUGCCAUUUGUGUUCUUAUGAUUGUAUACAGGGAAUUGCUCUCGCUGUGAGCAUUAACGACAUUGUUUUUAGCUUUUCAGAAUGUCAGUCUUUUUUUUUUUGCCAUCCUGUCCGCCACCUUUUCUUUGUUCAGAACUCCCAUUUACCGAUACUAAGACACUAUAUGCAGGGAAAUUUGGUAUUUCAAAGUCACAUUAUACAUUUCCAAGGUUCUUUGCCAAGAUAUAUGACGUAGUCAUUCAAAGAAUACAAAACAAUGUAGCUGGCUUCAUACCUGAUGACUAUAUUUUUUUCUUGCCUUUAAUUGUUGCAAUGCUGACAUUUGGGUCUGUGUUAAGACUGUUUCAGUGCCAUAUUAAUUCUGCAAACUUAUAUAUUCAGUCAUCAGAAUGAUGUCCAGUUCUACAUCAUUCUGAUGGACAGUGGGGCUAGCUCGGUUGGUCUAUCGACAUCACAUGGUGCAAAAUGAUAGUCUAACUCAUGCUUGAGAAUAAGCAUGAAACUAUAAUAGUGCGAAUGAUGGGGCUUUAACAUAGCAAAGCAACAGAGGGAUUAUGAGACUGUAGCAGAAGGCCCCAGAUUGAGUUUGACCACCUGGGGUUCUUCAAUGUAAUGUGCAUCUAGAUAUAAGCACACAAGUACGUUUGCAUGUUGCCCCUUAUCAAAAUAACUACAAUCGCGGUGGCUAAGAACCCAACCCGCAACCACAUACUCAGCAGCAGAAAGAUCAUCGCUAGUCUAAUUAAAUGUAAAUAAUCUGAUAAAGCUGCAUUAAGAACUUUGAUACUAAAUAUGUUCGUGUUUAUGGCAUGUACACAAGCAACAAGUAAAAGGUCAUCACAACUACAGUUUAUGACUAGCUGUGAACUGCACAGGGUAACUUUGGCUGGUUGUAUACUUAUGCAGGGGUGAAUAUCUUUCAGCUAAAAAAAAAAAAAAAACACCCGGCAAGAAGGCAGGCAAAAAGUGGUCUAUAGCUUUUAAUACAGCUGUGUUGAUCAUAAGUGAUGACCAACAUUGGUCUGCACAACUAAGAAGCAUGCAUAAUAUAGCUGUAAGCAAAAUGUCAUCACAAUUUGUGUGUGCUACAAUGAUGAUGUAUUGGUUUUUGUGGCGGAAGGGCCAGUAAAGGCCAAAGAAUGCCAAGUGUGCAAUAAUAUGACAGUAUUAAUACAAGGAACACAACUAAGGCUCGUGACCAUACACUAAGUGCACAAAGAAACUUCGUUGGUUAUAAACUGAUCCUGUGUAAUAGUGAGCUCGUUUUACUUGGAGAGAGAUAUUAGACGAAGUUAUGGAAGCCACAAUAUCAGGCUUACUUAGUUAGUAGGUUGUUGCAAGUUAUAAUACUUUACAUACUCUUGAAGCUGGACUGCAGACCCUGAGGGUUGCCAUUCUGCGAGGCCCCCUACUAAAUCUAGCAAAACUUGGCGGACAACUAAUAAACUUCAAAAUAAUCUAGACUGUGCAGCAAUUGUUGAAACCUGAAGUGAUGGCUCUAACGUUAAUAGGCAGGAAGACUGCAGUAUGGAUUGAAGCUAACUGGCAUAGCUUAUAUUCUAGUUGAGGAAGAAAUCAAGUUGAGCAGGUCCUGUAAUGGCAUCGAGCUUAUGACAGGUGGUCUGUUAGAAAACAAAAUGGAUGCCAAGGAAAGGGAAAUGGCAGUCAAGGAUGGCUCAGGGUUAAGUGGUGUAACAAGAUUAGGAAAUUCGCGGGCCUGAGAUGGAGUCAGCUAGCGCAAGAUAGGGUUAAUCGCUUAUUGAUAGGAGAGGCCUUCAUCCUGCAGUGGACAUAAAAUAUUUUGAUGAUCACAAUGAAAUCUAAGCAGAUGAGCAUUUUUGCAAAUCCCUUCUUCAGCAGAACAUGGCCACUCCAAUUUCAAGAAAUGUGGAAUGAAAGGUUGUGCAUACUGUGAUGUGGGGAUAUACAUGUAUGACUAAAGAGUUGAAUAUGAGACGUAGUGGAUAAAAAGAGUUGUUAUGCACAGUUGGACCUGAAAUUUUUGACAAACAGUUUGUUUUCAAAAUCUCAAAACAUUUGGACAUUCGUACGCGAAAGCACUUUGCAAUUCUCUGAGGUAACUAUGCAACAGGUAUUUAAUAGAAAACUGGGCGUGUUGGUUUAGCAUAUUCAGAGGUUAAAGGCGCGUAGACGACACACACAAGAUCAUUAUCGCCAAGAGAGCUACUUUAAUGCGACUGUGCACUAAUGAACUGCGACGGCACUCUUUGUAUAAGUAGUGCCAGUUUAUGGGAAUACAUUUUGUUGGAAGUGGUGUCUUGUGUGUGUAUCUCUUAUUUGUGUCGUCUACGUGCCUUUCACCUCUGAGGUCACAGUAAGCACGCCACAGGUCACAGGGGGUAGCCAUGUACACAUUCACUAUUGUGCACACUAAACAGCUGCAAUGUCCCUAUUACAUAAUUUGUUGCCAUGCAUGCACCCCUAAGGACAAAUGCUUAGCACUUUCAAAUGUUUUACAACACUGUGUUAGGCACUUAAGAUUUGCAGUCGCAGAGUUGCCCUUGCCACAGUAAUCUCCCGAAAAUUUCACGCUGUUACUUAUUUUAAGUACAAAAAAAGUCUGACUUGUAGUUUCCACUUCUGUGUAUAGUGAGAGUAGUGGCAUGAAAGGCCAACAAGAAGUGCAUUGACAUUGCCGCUAAUCUUUGCAUUUCCAACAUUUCUUGAAUUAAAAUUAAAUUCUGGGGUUUUACAUGCCAAAACCUUAAGUUAAUUAUGAGGCACACCUUAGCGGGGGGCCAUUAUUACGGCCCAGUAACAUGUUAGCUUAGUUUAGUGCAUGUACUGCACGUGUACACAGAGCUCCUUUUGUCCUUUUUGGUUCAGUUCUGCAUGUUGGUGUCACAGCAUUUCUUUGGAGAAGCCAAGUAAUUUACGUCCACAACUAGUUAAUCUUAUUAAAAAAUUUCCGGAGCAUAGAGCACGAAUAAGCCCCCGACACUUUUUAGUAUAUGUACCUCAAUGAAUCUACACGAUACUUGGUAAAACUCGCAGUGCUCGAUUAUUCCUUUGUAUUCCGACGCAAGAAGGUUUAAGAAUUUACCAGGUCAUUCAAAGCCACAAGGAUGAAGCUUAGGCAAAUGAAGAGCUACAGUGGCAGCGCACACGGACACUAGUGCCAUGUUUCGCUUUAGUGUUGUAGGUGUGAAACUCUGUGCCUGACCUGGGCUGUGGUCCCGAUUCAGGCCAGCCAACUGUUUCUGGUUUCUUGUUCAGGGCGAGCCUGGAGGAACGUGUCGUAGUAUUGUAUAGGCGGCGUACAUGCAAAGCCAGAGUUCAUAUGGACAGUGAUGUGUUGAUUGUUUAUGCGUCACUGCAAAUGCUUACUACAACUGACACUGUGUGGGAAUGCAGAAAGUAUUGUACUAUGCAUGGUGUUGCUCUAGAUGGUGCUGGCAUAGCAUUUCACUUUAUGUGAGAUCGGCACAAUUUUUUGUAGGUGUUCUUUGUUUGAGAGCUAGUGAAAGGUCACACUGUUUGAAAUGUUGGGGGCCACAAUUUACACAAGGUAUCGAGUGAAGGGAGGCGUCUACAAAUGCGACUGAGAACUGCACGGGCCAGGCGAUUGGUUUGGCAAUAAUAGGGCUUGCAAAUGUGAGCUUGUUACUGGAACUGCCUGACAUUGCUUGUUGAGUUCCAAGCACUUUACUGUGCAAUGCAGCAAAGGGGCCGAAUGAUUUGCCCAGCAAGCACGCUCACUCAUUACUGUGCGGUAUCGCCAUUUUCCUGGAUUGUCUCUGAGCAGGAAACACUCAUUGCUUUUUUUUCGUUAUAAAUAUAAAUUAAUGAACUCGUGGAACUUCAUCAGUAGUUAUAUUUCCGUACUCUAUGUAACAGCUUCAUUGAAGGGUGCACUAAACUCGAAGAGAGGCCAGCACAUUGCCUCCAGUUUUAUAGCUUCAGAAAUGCACGCGUUAAGUGGCACGUUCGCAUAACCCAUUUUUGUUGCCCUUUCAAUCAGUUUUGCAAAGCAGAUGACACCUUCCGAAAUGUGUUCCAAGGUGCCUUUCCUUGAACCUUGUGCUGUGGUCUUGGAACAUGUACUGACUAGUCCAAAUCACCAACUUGUAAAGGUCUUCUCACCACACCCCAUUGAAAAUUUUCGUUAUAUGCUCAAGGAGCUGUAAAGGGUUGUUUAGGGAGCAUUCUACCGCAAUAAUUUAGAAAAAGCUUUCAGUAGUUGUCGAGGUAGCAGUAAAUGAAAUGCCAUUAAGCAGUGGUGCGAGUAGGUGAGCUACUCUUGCUGCGCGAAUGCUCUCUCCACUCGCCUCGACCAGUGUCUACAAGCGACGUUUCUCUCCUGCCUUGUCCCAUAUUGGAGCCAAAGGCCCACCUCCUCUUUCAUGACCCCUACAACUGUGGCACUCUUUCUUUCCUGCCCUUUCUUGCCGUGUGGUGUAUUUCUAGGGGGCAAUGCUGUGUGUUCUGCAUGUCACAAAAACCCCAGAGUUGUUCCUGCUACUGCUGGCUAUUGGCGCUUUGCAGGCACCAUUGCGCGUUACAUAACUCGCUUGCUGCUUCAGCGGCUCCUUCAAGGAAAAGAGCACGAGGGCUUUUGUACAAUUUUUCAACUGUUCUUCCAGUGCACACCACUGUAAUACUUUGCAGACACGAUCGUCACUGUGUGAUCUAUGCACCACAAUUGUCUGUUUUCAGUGCUCAAAUCUGGUGAGUGGCACUUAGUUACGUGUGACCAAUAUUAGUUUACUGUUCUACAUUAGCUUUUUUCCAUUGUGCCCUCAUUGGAAUGCACCUGUUGCGGUCAGGAAUUCAGUCUGUGACUGCAUUCAGCAGCAAUAUGCCAUAGCCACUAAGUCAUGCAGGAGGACAACAAGGAUUAUUUUAGGUCGAGUCCCACUUUUAAGAAGCAACACGAAAAUCUUCAAGGAGACAUACUUUUAUUUUACUGUAUAUUAAUAAGCGAAGUUCGCAGCUCAGUGUCAAAAAUAGGAGGGGAAGUGAAUCUAGAAAUUAUGGGAACACACAUAGAAGUUACCAAGGGCCACGAAAAUACUUGGGUUGAAAUUUAUGCCAUGUCUGCCUGGCUGUGCUUUGUCAUCACUACAAGAAACCUUUCUUUGAUCCCGCUUAUAAGUAACCUAUCCUCGGUUGCAAUUGUAGAUAGACCACAAAACCUCUGGACAAUAAAUGAGAAAGUGUCGGCUGGUUGGCUAUCCAUUUUCAUGCGAAAACAGCACUAAAGAUGGGGAUGUAGUGAAGGCACAUAAAAGGACGACACAUUUGAGCUUGUGUAUCCUCUAACAUGUGCCGUUACUAAGCACUUAUCUAUAGCGAUGUUUCUGCUUGUCUUUGAGUAAUGCUUGCAGAAGAAAAGGGUGCCCUAGUUUUAAAAAACAAUUUUUUUAAAAGCCAGAUACCACGUGUGAUAAUCUAUCUGGGUAAUAAUGACAGUGCUCAGGGAAAGUAUGGCAUCAAACAAGUUAUUUACAUGUGUGUACUGUGGCUGUAAGAUUUCAACUUCUUAAAAGUACUUUUGAAAUACAUAUGCAUAUUCUAUACAAGUGGACUAACAGCAACAAUGCUUUACUGGCAUAGCCAAGAUUCUGUUAACACGGUGUUCGACAAAUGUCAAUGCUAUAUUUAUGUGGAUACCUGGGACAUUGGUAAAGGCCUGAAACUGCUUCGUGAUGCUUACCUGCUCCGAUAAAAGGCAGCACUUAUUUUGAUAUCUUCUUUCAUACCUUUAUAUUGUCUUUAUUUACAUAGCUUUGGUAAAGGUUGCAUGUGCCAAUAAAAACAUUUGCAAAAGUU